AUGGAGGCAGUGGCUGAGGGGCUAUGGGGCUUAGCAGACAUGCACGAGAGUCGCGGAGAGGUGGGGAAGGCGGUAAAAUGCCUCGAAGCCAUAUGCCAGAGUCAAGUAUCUUUUCUCCCCAUGGUGGAGGUCAAGACCCGUCUCCGAGUCGCGCAGAUCCUCCUCGAUCAUACCCACAACCUCAACCACGCUAAGGCCCACCUUGAGCGCGCUCAUCUACUGCUCAAAUCCAUUCCCUCAUGCUUCGAGCUCAAGUGCCGGGCUCACAGUCUCCUGAGUCAUUGUUACCACCUCAUCGGGGCCCUUCCCCAUCAGAGGCACAUUCUCCACCGAGCCCUCGACCUGGUUCGCUCCGUCGGUGAUGGCGACUGGGAAGCCAAGCUGUGGUUAUGUAACUUCAAUUCUCAGCUUGCCAAUGCCCUGGCCAUUGAGGGGGACUACCAUGCAUCUCUCUCAGUGCUUGAGGAUGGCUUCGCAACCGCGACAAAGAUUUGCUAUCCCGAACUUCAGGUCUGUUCCGUCUGAGCGUGGUGGGAUCGAAGUAUACUAGUCUUCAUAUCAUUAUUCUUUUUUUCUAUACUGUUGAACCUGGAUACUGUUUUCAAACAGAUGUUUUUUGCAACUUCGAUGUUACACGUGCAUCUGUUUCAAUGGCAAGACACGAGUCUGGUCCACGGUGCAGUCCUGAGGUGUAGCGAGGUCUGGGAGUCCAUUCGAGCUGAUCAAGUAUGUUUCUCCCUCUGUGUGUGUGUGCAAUUUUCCAGAAAAUUUGAAUUCUGAAGCCAGCUUGAAUCAUAUGAUCGACGUUUUCAACUUCGAGUGUGUCUACAAGAUAAAAUCUUUUGAUUCACACGCCAAGCUCAAAAUUCUAAUGAAUUCAAAAGCACCUCAUAGGAAGUACGUCUAAGAGCUGGCUGCAUAACAAAACUCUGCCUAAAUGUGCCAUCUCCGAGAAUUUGUCUUGUUCUUCGAGAUGCUGCCUGGUUAGCCGUAUUGUUGCUAAAUCAAGCCUCCGACUGCUCUUAUUUUACUUUUUGGAUUAAAUCAGGCCUCCGACUGCUCCAAGAAUUAUAAUGCUUCAUUUGGCAUAGAUUUGCGUUCCUUUUUCAGAAACGGCAAAACACAGACUUGGGCUGUGAUCUUCCAUCACUGGUUCUAGAGAUUGAUAUUUCUGAAGGAAGAUAAUACUAAUGCCUUCUAAAAUAAGUAAGAUUUACAAAAGGAUUUAUAAUCGUCGCUGGAAAUCCUAGGUUUUCACUAUACCCACAUAAUUUCCAAAAUUGUGUUUUACCCUCGCAUUAUGUAAUUUUUAUUGUUUUAAAGUUAAACAGAAAAUUGAGGGGGGGGUUCUGUCAUGAAAAAUGCAUCGAAUACCCAUAGAUGAGAAUAAACGAAGAUUGGGAGCCAGAUGAAUUCAAAGGUUCUUUUUUGGUUUGAGAAGAUUUUAAAUUGAGAAAUUAAUGCAAAAAAUGCUUUGAGUAAUGACUCAUUAUAUAAUUGAAAACUGACGAUCCUGAGUUAUACUUGAAAUUCUGGCGAAUUAUGUCAAGGUUUUGAUCAUCUCCAGAACGCCUGGUCUUACUUAAAUUGGUAUUGGAAGGAAAUGAAUAUUGAGUGAAUCGGUUCUCAUAGAUAGAAUGACAAAAGUAUAAGUCAAUAAUUAUCAAAUGUGACCCACUGAGCUUCUUCCUUUCUUUUCGUUUUUUCUUGUUUUCUUUCGGCUUUCUUCUUCUUACUCUGUUGUUAAUCCAUUACAUUCUUCAUUUCUUCUCUUCUGUUUCUCUUUUCUCCGUUUCGUUGUUACUCCCUUUUUUCGGCAUUUUCUAUUACAAAUGAUCUGAAUUUUUUUUCCUAUUCUCUUCUGGUUUGGUUCUGGCUAUUUGCAUAUGAUCACAGUUUAUAGCUUUGAUACUUUGAAGGCUGAUCUUACAAGGAACUGGUUUUAUUCAUCACAGUUGCUUUAGCAUUGGUUUUAUAUUAAUCUCUAUCUUUCUUGCACAACAUAUUGUCUGCAGUAUUUGGAUAUCGAUUUUCUAUGUAAUCUUUUCCUUUAUGUUCUUUCGUCUGCAUAGCAUGAAGCUCUAUUUGAAUAUUAUGCAGCCGUUUAACACUGCUAUUUGUGUCUUUUGUUUAUAUCAACUGAAAUUAGAGACAACAAUGCGUUGGCCUGUUCUUCUACAAUGAGCUGCUCCACACGUUUUAUCUACUUAGAGUAUGCGACUAUAAAAGUGCAUCUCAACACGUUGAGAGGUUGGAUGCAGCAAUGAAGGGUGAGCUGCAACAAAGUGAACGCAUUAAGGAGCUUAAUGUCGAGCUCAAUGCCGUGAACCAGAGUCUCUUGAGAUAUGAUCUUCAAUACAAGGAAAGGUCCGCACUAUCCCAGAAAAAGAUUCAACUAAAUGAGCAACUAAAGGCUAUUUCGAAUUUAAAUUCCACAAGUGUGAAUUCUUUUGGAGGAUCACAUACUGAGAAUACAAGCUGGAAACUGGAAGAUAAACUUCAGCUUGCUCCUCCACCAAUAAAUGGGGGUUGGCUUCCGAGAAAUGCUGUUUUUGCAUUGAUUGAUCUCAUGGUAGCCAUGCUAGGACGCCCAAAAGGGGUUUUCAAGGAGUGUGGUAGAAGGAUUCAAUCAGGCUUAAGUUUAAUCCAAGGUAUGAUUUCAAUUUUUUAUCGUGAAAAUGUGUUUAUCUGCAUCUUGCCUUUUUCCUACCAUGUUUUACUGUGCUGUUAUUAAUGAAUUCAUCUCAAUGAGCUCAGUUCAACUUAGUCACACACGUGUUUUUUUAGUCAUGGAAACACACAUCUGCUAUACAUGCUUAGAUAAACAAUUCUAGAUUCUUGCGGGCUCCAAUCGCUAGUUGUUGAGAUUCUGAAUGCUAUAAAAUAGAUCGGCUGAUCCCUAAUGGGAUGGAAACAAUCGUAUGGAUGUCUAUUUCGCUAUUAACUGAUCGUGCUAAUGGAUGGGACAGUAUUUUCCCAUCCUUCAGAUUGAUCGCUGAAUUUGACAUUUUAUGGAUAGAACUCUAUAUUUAGAAUUUAUUUAAUCAUUUCAGCCUUUUGUCUUGUUGAUGAUUUGAAGGAUCAUUAGUCUUUAUUGAAAUGCCGGUUCUAAUCAGAAAAGAAUUUUAACUCUCUUCUACCUUCAACUUUUGAAAAUUGUGCAGGGGAACUGGGUAAGCUUGGUAUUGAUGACGAGAUGAUAGGUGAGCUUCAACGACUUUACUAAUGAUUGCUCGUAUAACUUUCCUCUUUUGGACAUCAGCACAAUAAUUGCAUGAUUCUUACAUGCUUUGUUGUGUGAGUUUUUCUUUUUUUCUUAUUUCUAUCUACGAGUUAUGGAUUUUCCUUUUUGCAUAAUGAAUGUCAUGAUCUCAAUGUUAUGAUCCGAAGUAGUUGGAAAUGGAUAUUUUCUGGGCUAGUGGGCUUCCAAUGAUCUAAUUUGUGCCUGAACCCAAUGGUCUAGGCAAAUAAAAAUGGGCUUCCAAUGAUCUAAUUUGUGCCUGAACCCAAUGGUCUAGGCAAAUGAAAAUGGGCUUCCAAUGAUCUACUUUGUGCCUGAACCUAAUGGUCUAGACAAAUGAAAAUGGGCUUCCAAUGAUCUAACAUAGUCAUGUGUUCUACUUUAUCCCAAAGCAAACAGGAUCAUCUAUGACUCAAUGUGGGCAAGAGCCUAUUUGUCUAGCCCAACGCUAAUAAGCAUCCUAUGAGCUACUAUAGGCGAGAGGUCAACAGUUUAAGGUAAUGCAGACAUGUCCAAGACGACUUUAAUGUGCCUUAUCCCAAAGACUGAUUAAAUGGCUGUCAAAAACUUGUCAAAAGAGUCUUAUCUCAUAAAUGGGUUAGACGUGUCACAUCCCACUCUCGUAUCUAAACGGGAUUUGUUCCAUGAACUUGUCAAGGAUCUUCAACCUGCAUCCAAACUUGUACAUGAAUUUUUACUGAAUAUAAUUUUUAUUUAUGCCAUCAUUUUGUGUCAGUUAAUCACACGUGUUCUUUUGUCCAAAAGUUUCAAUUUAACAGGCUUUGGUCAGUAUAGAGGGUGCAAACUUAAACCAACCUCGAAACCCAAAUCCAUAAGUGGACCCAAGAAUUAACAGAGUAUCCUAAGCAUAUCAAAUUGACUAAAGACAACAAGUUUUCUAUUAAAAUUAAAACCUGCAAAGAUCUCGUGACAACAAAUGUGUUAGUGCCGAUUCUACUUGCCACAGCAGUCCACUAAGAUCCAUUCCCAACCCAGAAAUUAGAGAUGUGGAAAUUUGAGAUCUUAGUCAUUUGAGUCCUUGGGUCUUGAGUUAUGUUAUUUCUUAUUCAAGUAUUUUCUUACAUUUUAGCUUUGUAAUAUAUCUUUCUUAUUUUAUCUUCUUCUAGAUCAACGUUUAUAGAAAAGUUAUGAUGGUAAUGGAUGACGGCAAAGUUUUCUGUUGGUUCGCCAUUUUCCUCCAAGACCUGAAAAUCCAGGGCUUGACUUUUAUGCUCAUGUAACUUGGUCUGAUUCCAACGUCUCUCCCUGCUUAACUAUAUUUUAUAGAUGCUUGUGUCAAUCACUAUUUGCAUAAAGGUUGCAAUAGCAAAAGUUUAAGCUUUUUUGUUGUUAAGUUUUCUGCUGAUUUUUUUUUUACCCCAAGACAUGUAAAUCCUGGGCAUGACCUAAUUUGGUCUGAUUCAACAGUCUCUCCUUGCUCAGCCAUAUUCCUGUGUCCUCUUGUAUGAAGUUUCUUGUAUUUCCCUCCCAAUAUCCGUAGAGUGCUCUGCUAUAUACCUUUGCGACAUUCUAGCAUCUACAUUGAAAAAAUCUGAUGGAAAUGUAAGAACUCCCAGAAACAUCUUUGAUGUUAUUUGGCCGAUGAUUGAGAAACGAGCUCAAUACAAAGAAUUGAAGCAAGGGUUAUUGUUCUGCUGGCCUUAUCCUGGUUGGCUGUGUUUUCAAGCAGUGGCCUACCUCCUAUUAAUGUUGAAUGUUGAUCAUGUUCCCGUGCUAAAAUCUCUGAUAUGUAUAUGUAUAUACACACGUUUAUUCCAGUGGUUAAAAGUUGUCUUAUUGUACUAUCUGGUUUUAUAAAUUAACUAUGUCAUUAGCUGACAGUAAUGACUUGUAAGCCGGCCUGUGGAUUUCCGUCUUCUGGUUAUCAUUUUCACUUUCUGUUUAUAGGUUUUCAGAAUAAUUAACAUGAGAAUUGGUCCUAUGCAGAGGUGGAUUUGCAACAUUCAGCUAUCUGGAUGGCAGGCCUUUAUUUGAUGCUUCUAAUGCAUUUCCUUGAGAACAAAGUUUCUGUUGAACUAACACGGUCGGAAUUUGUUGAAGCACGAGAGGUAAUUUGCGCAUUGAAAUUUCACUGCAUUCACCUAGUUUAAAAAGUUUUGAGUGAAAUGUUUAAGUUGUACGGUUAGUUGAACUCUAGCAAUCUACUUACAGCCUUGCUGGAUGUCUAAGUUGCUAAAUCGUUGUAUAUGGUUAUCAAGAUGCAAAUGGAUGAUUAUCUUUAUCAUAUAACUUACCUCGAGAUUCUUCACCUUAUGCAGGCCUUGUUGCAGAUGAAAAUGUGGUUUGUCCGUUUUCCGACGAUUCUGCAAGGGUGUGAAAGCAUUAUAGAAAUGCUUAGAGGACAAUAUGCCCAUUCUGUGGGCUGUUUUAAUGAAGCAAUAUUCCAUUUUAUAGAAGCUGCAAAGGUCUGCUAUUGAUUCUGGUACAUAUGUGAGGAAUACUUAUCACAUCUAGGUAAUUUAAAUGGCUUACCACAAGUACAUAACUGUAUUCUUUGUAUUUUCUCAGCUAACUGAGAGUAAAUCAAUGCGAUCAAUGUGCCAAGUGUAUGCAGCUGUAUCUUACAUCUGUAUUGGUGAUCCAGAGUCCUCUUCACAGGUGAAGUUCUCUGUAGUACUGAGAUCGCCAAUUAUUAGGCGUAUUAAAGUUGUGGUUUUUAUAGAGCUUUUAAUGUAAGGAUGCUUUCUGUUUUUUGGCUUCCAACAGGCGCUAGAUUUGAUAGGACCUGUUUUUGGAAUCAUGGACUCUUUUGUAGGAGUGCGAGAGAAAACUUGUGUCAUCUUUGUCUAUGGUCUUCUGUUGACAAAGCAACAUAAUUUGCAAGAAGCAAGGUUGGCACUCGUCAUUGAACUCAACCAGUGCAAUUCAGUCACAAUUUAUCUGAAUUCUUUUUCCAUGUUCAAACUUUAGAGUAUACGAUUUUAUUACCUCUGCAAUAUAUUUGAAUCAGGUCGACAUUGAUCCCACCAAAUUUCUAUAUGACGGUCAAUCUUUGUUCAGCAAUAUCUGGUUAUAUGAUUAGAGACAUGCUGUUGAUUUUAGCAAAACCGUUAAUUAGCUAAUCUUGAAAACGCCUCUUGUCUCCUCAUUUAAAUGCAUUGAGAACUACCUAAAAGCGUCCUUUGGCCAUCAUCACCACUUUUAGGUGGGAGUCCACAGCAGGAUAAGCAAUUAUAAGCUUUUAAAAAAUGAUAAAUAUAUCUUAUGCAAAUUUGAUUUAAUAAAAUGCAAAAUUUGGCUUCCACUCUUUUAUAAUAGUUGCUUUGGUAGUCUCACUCAUGUCUAUACACAUGCCUUGGGGGAAUUCGGACUUUCAUGCAUAUGGAUACCCUGGUUAUAUACGGUAAUCAUAAACUUUUGUAUAACAUCUUUGCUGGUUACACUUCUAGAUUUCGCAAUGUUAUUAAGCGGGAAAGUGUGAUUUUUCUGUUGACAAGGGCACAAGUGUUGCAUUAGGUAGAUUCUGAUCUAUUUAAAAUAGCCUAAUCAUUGUGCUAAAGAAUUUUAUGCUUAUAAAUUACAAUUUUGAUGAUUAUUAUGGUCAGCUUAUGUCGAUUUAUUAGCUAAAAAAUGUCUUAAUUCACUUAUCAUUAUUUUUCAAUGUGAAAAAUUAUGGAUGUUAAUAAUUUUGUAGUGAGCUUCUUUUUCUCGCUUCCCACCAUUUUAAUUUCUCACUUUUGUGUCGUGCAUUGCUUCUUUUUGUUCUCUGAAUUAGUAUGUCCACCUUCCUAGCAUUGGUCCAUCACCUGGGGCAUCCAACUACUAAAACAACUUUUAGCAAGUGUGGCAUUCUAUGUCGCAUAAGUUUCUGCAAAAAUGGACAUCUUUUUUUAAACGAAGGAAAUCGACAGUUUUUUGUGAUUUUGUUUUACCCUUAAGUUAUGCAAUUAAAUGCGUUUAUUAACUCUAGUGCUCCACAUUCAUUACUGUGGUCUGUUUGCCAUCUUUAAAAUGGAUGGAUUUCACAAGGGUCAAUGGACAAAUGUUUCAUUUCUGCUUCACAUGUGAGAUAAUUUAUUUCUGCUGCCAGACCUGAAACUUGAUUGAUGAUUAUUGUUUGAACUUGAACCUUGCCAGACUUUUUAUGGUUAUGGGGGAAACACUUCAUUUUCUAUAUCUUCUUUUAUUCCUUAAAGUUGUUUGCAGGAUACGGCUUGCCAGUGGGUUGAAGAUUGCACAUCAACAGCUAGGAAAUAUCCAACUUGUCUCUCAGUUUUUGACAAUCCUAGGCACAUUGGCUCUUCAAUUACAUGACACCGGACAGGCCAGAGAAAUUUUGAAGUCGUCUUUGACAUUGGCAAAGACUCUUUACGAUAUUCCUACACAGAUAUGGGUUCUUUCCGUUUUAACAGGUCUGGGAAUAGGUUAAAACUUUUGUUCGUUCUUGGAUUCUGUGAUUACUUCUACCUGAUUGGUAACUCUGUUAUAUUUUGCCUGCCCUUAAAGAUCCAAGCACAAGUUUCAUUUGUGUGCCGCCUGUGGUAGUUGGAACAUGAAUUCUAACGAAUGUUUUACGUUGAAGAUUUGUAUAAGGAAUUGGGCGAGAGGGGAAAUGAAAUGGAGAACGCAGAAUAUGAAAGGAAGAAAGAAGAUGACUUACAGAGGAGACUUUCAGAAACGCAGGCAUCCAUUCAUCAUUUUGAGCUGGUAAACUCAAUUAAACUGUAUGUUUAUGUUUUUAAUUCGUGUCAUGGGAUCAAAUGGCUUCAAGAAAAAGUGAUAGGUUACCGUUUUCUUUUUGGCUUUCUAGUUCGUCAUUUAUCCUUCUGGGUUAACGGCUAUUUGAAUUUUGUGAAGAAUAAACAAAAUGAAGAACAAUCGUGGGAAAGAAUAACAAUCGAGAAAUUCUUAACCUCUUCUUGGUGUUUAUGGAAGAAUGUUUACAUUGACCGGUACCAAUGACCCCCCAACUUUACAGCUGAAAGUUUUUUUAGAAAAAAACAUAGAGCUAUUGGGAACUUUCAAGACAGAAAAUGUAUCUCAUAAAGACUUUUAAUGGGCUACUUCUGUUAAAUGGUAUCAACAACAAACACAUCUACCAACCGGAGCUCAUGACUUAAGAAGACAAUCCUGUAGUUUUUGUUCCGUUUUUUGACAAGAAAAUGAUAGAUGAAGCCCAAGUGAACAGACAUGACAAAAUGUUUUGGACUCUUGAAUGGUAUCUGGGGCACAACCCUUUGGCAGGUUCGCUCUUCAAUAUUUCACCUAUCAACGUCAACAUCCUUUCCUGGAUAUUGCCAGAGAAGAAUGGCAAGUUGAAGCAGCUUACCGGUGCCUUUACUCCUACCCACAUCUGAAGCCAUCUAGUACCUCGUCCAGAAGACUGCAGAAAUCUUGUAUUCAUAUCUGAGGAUGCGGUGUUUAUCCCAAACUUUAGAAUCUUUGGGCAAACUUUGUUGAUCUUCCUGACUUGACAGAGAUUUCCGCAUUUCUCAGGGAAAAAGUUAUGAUAGGACUUCCACCAACUGUCCUCUUGCCAUAAAAACUCCCUUUCUUUGUUGGUGGUCUCAUUUACCAGUGCUAACCUCAGAAUUAAUUUUUGACUUAAAUAUCCUUCAAAUCUUACACCCUUUUAGGCGUUUGUAUUGAGAAUUGUGUUUUCCUAAGGAUACAAACAGGGUGGCCCAUUGUCCGCUCUUCCAGUGCAUGGAAGGAUAACUUCUGCACAAUUAGAACAGUGUCCUGGAUAGGUUGCCACUAUUAGUUGAUAAGGCUGGAAUGAAGCUGAUAUAUUAUACGGCAAUAUUUGUUUCUAAGAUGGUUCUUCCCCUGUUAAUGUGUUUUGUUCAAGGAAAAGAGACCUUUGUUCUACCAAAGUUUCUCAUUCUCUGAUGUCUCUGACUGCAGAUCGAGAAGGCCCGGUUCAAGGUUCAGCAGCCUCAUGGGCUCGACAUGAGACGGCCGACGGGCGGAUCAGCCACAAGAGGAGACCUGGACAUCCCAGAAUCCGUGGGUCUGCAGGCUCCCCCUCCAAUGUCAAGACUGCGUGAUGCUGACUCCGUGAAAUGGGGGAAGAGGAAAGUAUAA